AUGAGGUCGCUAUAUUCAUUUGUCGUGGCCGUUUCGUCCAUUCUCCCAGCUGUUGUAGCAUUGGGUCAAAAUGCUACGGUCACUACUACCAAGUCCGACCGAGGAUUGUUGCAAUUGGCGGGCAGCGGGGUUGAUGGGCAGAUUCUCAUCAGUGACCAGGACUGGUGGGGUGUAAUUCGAGCAGCGGAGGAUGUGGCGCUGGAUAUUGGAAAGGUGACGGGAAAAAACCUCACGUUAGGCAAUUGGUCGGCUGGCGGAAAACACCAAGGUGAAAAACGCGAGCGGAGAGGCCCAUCAUUGCAUGGGACUGGUCAUAAUGAGACUGAAAUCAAGGACGGCAAAACCACUGUGUACUAUUCGUACAAUCCAGUAACAAGCUUUGUCAAUUAUACAACGGGUCCAGCGGAGCGAUUUGAAGGUCCGACAUUGGUCAACAACUCGCCCCAAAAAACGGUCAUCAUAGUCGGCACGAUCCAUAAGUCACCACUGAUCCGGCAACUCGCCCAAGCCGGCAAGAUUGACACGACACCUAUUCUCCACAAAUGGGAAUCCUUCAUCAGCCAAGUUGUAGUGAACCCACUACCGGGAGUCGAUAGAGCGCUUGUCAUUGCUGGCAGCGAUAUGCGUGGCACGAUCUUCGGUCUCUAUGAUAUUAGCGAACAGAUUGGCGUCAGCCCUUGGUGGUGGUGGGCUGACGUUGUAGUUCGGAAGCGCGAGGGCGUUUGGGCGUUGCCGGGGACGAAGGUCCAGGGCCCGCCAACCGUGAAGUAUAGGGGUAUCUUCCUUAAUGACGAACAACCUGGGCUCACAAACUGGAUUAACUCAAACUAUCCUCCAGGGAAAUACGGCGCGGGAUAUAACCACUACUUUUAUCCACAUGUGUUUGAGUUACUGCUUAGAUUGAGAGCCAAUUAUAUCUGGCCGACGAUGUGGGGAAGUAUGUUCGGGGUGGAUGACACCGCAAACCAGGCGAUUGCAGAUGCAUAUGGUAUCGUGAUGGGCACGAGCCAUACUGAGCCCAUGAUGCGCGCUACCAAUGAGUGGAAUACCUUCGGCAAGCAAUAUGGAGGGAACGGACAAUGGGAAUUCGAUACUAAUAACGCCUCCCUUACUGAAUUCUUCACGGUUGGCGCAGAAAGAGCCAAACCCUACGGAGCCAGCAGCCUCUUCACCAUGGCGAUGCGUGGCAAUGGCGAUAACGCUCUGCUUCUCACCGAGGAGGAAGCUAUGAAAGUUCUCCAGGAUGUGGUCGCAACACAGAGAGAUGUGCUGGGCAAGGUGUUCAAUGGGACUGAAGUUGAGGAUAUUCCGCAAGUGUGGUGUCUGUAUAAAGAGGUACAGGGAUACUACGAGCGCGGUUUGAGUGUCCCAGAUGAUGUCACGUUGCUGUGGGCAGAUGACAACUGGGGAAAUGUGAGAAGACUGCCAAUUGGAAAUGAGACGUCAAGAAGCGGUGGAGCUGGCGUUUACUAUCAUUUUGAUUAUGUGGGUGACCCAAGAGAUUAUAAAUGGAUCAACACGAUUCAACUCGAAAAGACACUAGAACAGAUGAAACUUGCGCAUGCUCGACAGGCCGACCGUAUCUGGAUCGUGAAUGUUGGAGAUCUCAAGCCCCUUGAAAUCCCCAUCAACCAUUUCUUGGACCUUGCUUAUGAUACCCCUAAAUGGGGAUAUGACAGCGUUCCCACUUGGAUCAAGUUAUGGGCCACUCGCGAAUUCGGUGGCGAGCAUGCUGAAACAAUCACGUCCGUCCUUGACCGCUAUGGCAUGUACGCUGCCCGGCGAAAGUAUGAGUUGCUUGAUACGGUGACUUAUAGCGUCGUCAACUACGACGAAGGUGAUGCAAUCCUUGCUCAGUGGGACGAGUUGGCUUACGACGCCCAACAUGUUUACAACAAGCUAGAUGAUGGUGCCAAGCCCUCGUUUUACGAGAUGAUUCUUCAACCUGUUCUCGGUGGCCAAGUUGUCAAUCAAAUUUAUGUUGGCGCAGCUAAGAAUAGGUUGUAUGCCCUGCAGCGGAGGAAUAAAGCCAACGCCGUCAUCGAGGAUGUGCUAGACUAUUUCAAGAUGGAUCAUCUGCUUACGAAGCGGUAUCACGAUCUCUUGGAUGGGAAGUGGAAUCAUAUGCUUGAUCAAACCCAUUUGGGAUAUGAUCUCUCUUGGAAAGGCGCAUUAUUCGAGGGAUACUGGCAACAGCCUAUGCGCAAUUCGCUCCCGGCCCUUUCAUAUGUCCAGGAGCUAGAGACCUCGCUCGCUGGAAACAUCGGUGUUGCAGUCGAGGCCUCCAAUGCCACUGUGUCAGGAGACGACGCCUGGCACCCAAACUCUGGCGUCACACUUGUUCUCCCACCCAUGAGUCCUUAUGGACCAAAGACCCGUUGGAUCGAGAUUUACGCGCGCGGCACAUCUGGGUGCUCAUGGAACAUAACCCCCUGGAGUGACUACGUUGUCGUAUCCCCCAGUUCCGGCUACACGGGAGGAAACAACGGCAGUGAUACUCGAGUUCAUGUCUCGAUUAACUGGAGCAAAGCACCACCUCCAACAAACACUACGACUGUGAACAUCAACAUAACCUCGUCCUGUGCAGACUGGGGCAACUAUCCUGCGCCUAUGGUUCAGGUCCCUGUUCAGAAUGUGGCCGCUGCAAAAGACUUUACUGGUUUUGUCGAAAGCGACAAGCACAUUUCAAUAGAAGCCGAGCAUACCUCUCGCAACUCGGCCAUCAAUGGCGUCUCAUACACGACCCUGCCAGCUUAUGGUCGUACCCUCUCAGGCGUGACUCUGAUACCUGUCCUCGCGCCGUCUCAGCCCGCAGGCACCGGCCCUGUCCUGGAAUACGACAUCUUCACAUUCACAAACACCUCCGCCGCCAACGUCACACUCUUCCUCUCCCCCUCCCUAAAUCAAAACGGCGACGCCCGACCCCUCAAAUAUGGCAUCGCGUUCGAUGACGAGACGCCGCAGGUAAGGCAAUUCGUAGCCAACGCCACCGGUGGGAACCUUCCCAAAGGCUGGAAUCAAGCUGUUGCAGACGGUAUUUGGGGUUUGAGCAGCGGUAACUCCACAACCACGAAACACGACCUAACGAAGACCGGAAAACAUACGCUGAAGAUCUGGGCAGUAGAGCCGGGCGUAGUGCUGCAGAAGGUUAUUGUCGAUCUGGGGGGUGUGAGACAGAGUUAUUUGGGACCUCCCGAGAGUUUCAGGGCAGGGACUGAUAAGACUGGCGAGUAUGGUGGAACGAAUUUCGCGGGGUUGGAUGUUAAGGAUGUUCUUUGGUGA